GUUGAUGUGCAUGUCUAAUAUAAGAGCCCAAGCAGAAGCGAAAGAACAGGCAGGAAACUCAUUGCUGGUUAAUAAGUGUGUGCACCUGCAGGCUCAGCUUUAAAAUUACCACUUCUCAAAAAUAGGGCACACUUCUCUAGUGCUCAAAUUUACAGCGUGAACACAUUCAAACAGAGUCAUUCAAAACUCUGCAGAUAACAGAACCUCAGAAUAAACCAGUAACAGACCAAAAAGAACCAUGACAAGUCCCAGAACCGUUUGUUUCAUGUACUUUACAUUGCUCUUUGGAACGGCACAUGCUAACACCACAGAUAACAAAAACAUAACCCUUUCAGUCACUAAAGGAGCAGACGAGACUGGAACACAAAAAGACAACUUACAGACAACAGAAAACAAUAGUGUCACCACACCAUCAUCCAUCAUAAUUUCAGAGAACAUAAAAACACCAUUUGUAACAACAACAACAACAUCUCAACAAUCAGUCUGCACACCGGCCACUACUAAAGCCAAUAAAGGACAGUGUAUCAUCUUCCUGCCAACUGGAGAUAUACUGCAUCUGGUUGUGUUUGCUCUCACAGUGGGCUGCUUGGCAUUGCUGCUGACCACACUGAUAUGCACCUGCCAGGUUUGUCACCUGAGACGAAUCAUUUCUAGUCUCCAGCUUCGUCACAACAACAUUGACCUACGUGCCAUAAGAGAAAAGAGUGAAGCGCCACACAGGGAUGAAGGCCAUGUGGACGGGCAGCCAACGGAGACCUGUGUCUUACUAUCAGAGGUCACCACACCACAAGAGGUGGUCACCACUCCGCAAGAGGAGAGUAGAGAGGAUGAGGACAGAGUUCUGGAGAUCAAGAGUGAGGAGAACAAAGACACGGAGCAGCCCAGUACUGUGAAGGACCCGAACGGAGACGUCACCCAGGAGAACAGUCAUGUGCCCGAUGCAAAAGCACCAGAGAGCUCCGACACAGGGGUGUGAACAUGAUCAGACACUUAACGAACUGGUGUCACACAACUCCCCCUGCUGGCAUUUAAAGUCUGCACCUGCUUAAGCUUUAAAAGGGAUAGUUCACUCAAAAAUUUUAAUUCAAUCAUCAUUUAAUCACCCUCAAGUUGUUCAAAAUCUGUAUAAUUUUCUUUGUUCUGUUGAACACAAA